GGCGAUUGGGCAUUGUUUUUUUUAGAAGCAGCAAGAUGAGCACCUAUCUACAAAGCAGCGAGGGCAAGUUCAUCCCUGCUACAAAGAGGCCGGACGGCACUUGGCGCAAGGCGCGCCGAGUUAAGGACGGCUACGUGCCGCAAGAAGAAGUUCCCUUGUACGAGAGCAAGGGCAAGCAGUUCGUGGCCCAGCGGAGCCAGGCCGGAGUGCCGCCUGGCAUGUGUCCCCUGGUGGCCGCCGAGUCUAAGAGAGAGCGCGAGAAGCUGGAGCGGUCCAAGGCCAAGAAGCAAGAAAAGGAAGCAGCCAGGCAGACGAAAGCGCCUACGCCCGGCGUCCUGGUAAUGCCACCUAGCACGCACACGCAACAAAAACCUAACCAGCAGUCAUCUGGCAGCCAGGACGUCAACUCGGUUGCAAAAACACUCGAGGAUACCCUACGCCUAAACGGAUCUCAGGAGGUGGACUCCGCCAAGCAGUUAAAAAAGCUGCGCAAAAAGAUCCGCGAAAUCGAGCAAAUAGAAGCCCGGAUUGAAGCUGGCGAGCAAAAAAGCUGGACAAGGAUCAGCUGGACAAAGUAAAAAAGAAGGCGGAGAUCCUGCGACAAAUAAAGGCGUUAGAAACCGAGUCGCGAUCGUAGCCCCCAGGUCCCAAUAAACUCAGAUACUGCUAUAUCCUCACCUCGUGAACAAAUCAACGACCAGACGUCGAGCCGCCUCUACAAGAAACACAUACACAUGCCUAUGUCUGUUAAAUAGUUGUAUUAGUUUUAGCCGAAGAUGUCAAAGCCAUUUAGUAAUAUCGAUCUAUUUUAUUAAUGUGUGUCUAUCUUGAAACCUAGUUUAUACGAAUGCAGGAGUGGCUCGUUUAUUUAUAUAUAGGUAACUUUGUAAAUCAGAUUUAAUAAAUUGAACCCAUUUAAAGCAA